AUGAUCCCGAGGGGCUUUUCGGGAGAGCUUCCCACAGCCCUCGAACCAGACCUCUUGCAAGGUGUUCCGUUGAGCACUUGCCUGGGUGGCUGGGGCCAGCACUGGUCUUCGUCCCUGACGGCACGGAAUCAACAGAAUCUCAGCCAAAGGACGACCAAAAUCGAUGCAUUUCUGAGCCAUGAUUGGGGUACCAGCCGGUGGCUGAAGUUCCUCUCGCUGACAUUUAUCUUCAAUGCCAACGGAGCAGUUUCAUGGACGGUUCUGGUCUGCAUCCUUUUCGGCAUCUUGACAGGCUUGAAGAUUAUGCCCGACAGCGACCUGCUGCUGGUCUUGCUGGGCUACGCAGCGCUCUCCUUCUUCCUCUUCUUCUGGCAGCGUGUUCGCGACCCGUUUCUGGGCUCUCCGCUGGUCUUCCUCGACAAGCUUUGCAUCUCCCAAACGGAUCCUGUCAAGAAGGAGCAGGGGAUCCUGGGCCUCGGAGGCUUUCUGAGGGUGUCUCAGCGUCUCAUCGUCCUCUGGUCCCCCCGCUACUUCAGCCGUCUCUGGUGCACCUACGAGCUCGUGACCUACUUGCGUCUGAACGGCGGGAUGCGCAAAGUCUACGUCAUGCCGGUGAAGAUGGCCGUGCUCCUCCUGAUCAUGUCUAUUGUCUGGCAGGCGGUUCGCAUCAGCAACCUGGUUUGGACAUACACCGCGGAGGACCCGUAUUGGAGGUCCGUGGCGCUCGCGGGGAUGGCUUUUACGUUUCUUGCUACGGUUCCUCUGUACAACUCCAUUGGCCUGGAGCUCUUCUCAGAUAUCGAGGAGUUGCCGAGGCAACUGCGCGCUUUCCAGAUUCAGCAAGCAGCUUGCACCUGUUGUCUGAAGGGUCAUCGGCACCCCGAGACUGGCGAGGAGCUCGCCUGCGACCGACAGCUGGUGUUUUCCACGCUGCGCACGUGGCACGGUCCCAGCGUCGAGGAUCCCAACAACGAUGACUACCUGGAGCGGUUCAACGAGCUUGUUCAAACACAGCUUUCGAAAUCUCUCUUGGGUUCGGUAGGUGGCGACGUGCUGGUCUUAUCGGACUACAUAAAGUUCACAGUGGGCUGCAAUGCCCCGUGGAUUGCGAGAUGGGUCUCGUCUCUUAUGGAGGGACCCACAGAAGACCUGGAAGGGUUUUUGUGGUUCUCAUGGCUGUUGCGACAGGUGGUGGACCAGCUCAUGAUCUAUUUGCUCAUGUUUUACCUGAUGAGAGAGACCAAGAACUUAGAAUCUAAGAAGAUGGCACCUCUGAGCCAAGGCUCCGCAUGUUUGGGCAUUUGUUCAAGUCGUGUAGCUCCGGCUCUCAAAGCCGAGGCAGCCUGGCUCCCUUGGUGGCUCUCCGAAAAUCUUAGCCCGGGGGAAAGUUCAGUCCCCAUCAUGCCCCUCAUGAUUCUUGUCCUCAUUGAUGCCGUCCUCUUCGUGAACUUCAGGCCCUUUCAGCCAAGAAGUGCUUCAGAGACGACCCAGCCGGCCAUUAGUAGAGAUUCAAGUAACCGGCCAGGAUCACGUGAGCCUCAGGAUGAGGCCUCCGUUUCAGAAUAUGACCAGUCCGUCAGCGAGAGCGUCCAGGAGAGGUUCACUGAGGAGUUCAGUGAAGGGGAGGAGACGGAAGAGCCAGAAGAGGCAACCGAAACCACAGCGGUGUCUGAUCCUGUGCAAGCAGAGUCUUCGGAGGUGCUGGUCUGGGGAACUCUCGACGGGGUCGUCUACUCGGACAUGACAGAGGUGGCUGAUGCCAGUAGUGGAGCCGUGUCUGCAGACUGCGGUUAUGCCCAUGUAGCGUUCCGCACCGCGAAUGGACAGGUCUUCGCCCUGGGUGCCAACGACCGUGGCCAGCUUGGGGACGGCGCUGCUCAGGCCUCUCCGCUCCCGGUGCGUGUGGAGACAGCCGCGGUCACGGGCUCGCCGGUAACUGCAUUAGCCUGUGGCUACGCCCAUACCGUGGCGCUCACCGAAGCAGGUGAAGUGAUGACGUGGGGAGCGAAUGAUGUGGGCCAGCUGGGAGACGCAAGUGCAGAAGACCGCAGAAUUCCUCAACGAGUCUUCCAACAGAACGAUUGCGUUGGGGUCGCCGCCGGCUGGCAUCACACUGCCUGCUGGGACUGUGAGCGAGGUGAGGUCUGGGUCUGGGGCAGCAACCUCUUCGGACAGGUGGGUGACGGCACCAAGGAGUGUGCUCUGGCGCCACACCGUGUUCUUCGCCAGUAUCCGCUAGUGAUGCAUCCCUCGCGUUUGGCCGUGAGCUUCUUGCAGUUGAUGGAGUUCCAGGAAAAGGUCCAAGAGGAGUCCAGGAUCACUUAUCCCGUAAUGACCGUGCGAGAGGUUGUCCACCAGGUUGUUUGCCCAGCGACAUCUUCCCAGCCCAAUCUGGGAUAUGCGCGACUGUUGAACUCCGAGCGACCUCUGUUGGGCGAGGCCUUCAUCUCUCACAGCUGGGACGGGCCCUUCGUAGCCUUUGCAGAGGCCGUGGUGGAGGUUUUCUCCUCUUGGAAGAAGCCUCCCAACUUGUGGAUCUCCUUUCUGGCUCUCUCCGUGCACACGGUCGUGCCUGUGCGCCUCCGUGCGACGCCGCAGGAGGCGCCCUGGGCCCUGGCCCUGCAGCGGGCGAAGACGGUGCUUCUGGUCAGGAACCUCAGGUGCGAUGUCUACAAGCGGUUGUGGUGUGUCUUCGAGCUGUACAUAGCCUCCGGCUUGGGCUUCCUGAGCCGCCCGGGAGGGCUCCUGGUGCACGGGGCGAACCACCCUGCCACGGAGCGCACUGUGCGAAUCUCCGGCUGUGAGACUACACUACCAGAAGACAAGGACUGCAGGGUUGUCGCACGGAAGGAGUGGCUGCUGUCCUACUUCGAUCUUCAGUUCUGCUUGAAGACUCUUUGUGCGCGGCUGGAUAGGUACUUGUGGUUCGUUGCACUCCGCCUCUUCCUAGGACGUGCUGACGUGCUGCCCAGCAUCGAGUUUGGCAAAAAAAGGCCAGCCAUGCCAAUCACAGCUGCCGAACUCACGUCCAAGGCUGCCAUGCUGAACAGCGUGGAGGAGCAAGAUCGAAGAGCUGGACCUGACACACGUUUGCUGCAGGCCAUUGGCCAUCUUUGUCUUCACUUGGAGUGCGAUGCAGCAAAAGUCGCCACCGUCCUGGGGCUCAGCCUCCGGCGCCUCACCACAGCUCCACCGCGCGACCUGGAGGACUUUGCGCACAAGGUGCUGGCCGGCUUCUAUUCGGACGACUGA